UAGUCCCCUUUCAUUUCACUUCAACCAUUCACAAAUGGCUUCUCAUAAGUUUUCUUCUUUUGUAUUGUUCUUUCUUUUGUUAGGUAUUGGGGUUUCAUAUGCAGCUAGAACUCUCUUAACUUAUGGUGGAGGACCAGUGAAUAUACCUGCAUUUGCUUAUGGUGCAGGCAAUGGUGGAGGUGGUGGAAGCGGUGGUGGAUAUGGUCCACUUGGUGGUGGUGGUGGAGGUUAUGGAAGUGGAGGUGGUGGUAGUUAUAGUUCUGUAGGAGUACAAUAUGGUGUUGGAGGCUAUGGAAGUGGAGGUGGAGGUGGAAGUGGUGGUGGUGAAGGAUACGGUCCUAGUGGUGGCUAUGGUGGAGGAGGAGGUGGUGGGAGUGGCGGUGGUUCUGCUUAUGGUCAUGGUGGUUCUGCUUAUGGAGGUGGUGGAGGAAGUGGCGGAGGAGGUGGUUAUGGUCCUGGUGGUGGUGGAUAUGGAGGGGGUGGUGGAAAUGGUGGUGGAGCGAGUUAUGGUCCUGGAGAAGGUAGUGGAUAUGGAGGUGUAGGAUAUGGUGGAGGUGGUGGUAGUGGAGGUGGUGUGGGGUAUGGCCCGGGAGGUGGAGGGUAUGGAGGAGGUGGUGGGAAUGGAGGUGGGGCUGGAUAUGGUCUUGGGGGUGCAGGAUAUGGAGGAGGUGGUGGAAAUGGCGGUGGGGCAGGAUAUGGUCAUGAAGGUGCAGGUUAUGGAGGGGGUGGUGGAAAUGGCGGUGGAGGAGGAUAUGGCCAUGAAGGUGCAGGGUAUGGAGGGGGUGGUGGAAAUGGCGGUGGAGGAGGAUACGGUCAUGAAAGUGGAGGAUAUGGAGGUAAUGGAGGAAAUGGCGGUGGUCAUGAAAGUGGAGGAUAUGGAGGCAGUGGUCAUGAAAGUGGAGGAUAUGGAGGUAGUGGAGGAAAUAACGGCGGUCAUGAAAGUGGAGGAUACGGAGGCAGUGGAGGAAAUGGAGGAAAUGGCGGCAGUCAUGAAAGUGGAGGAUAUGGAGGCAGUGGAGGAAAUGGAGGUGGUCAUGAAAGUGGAGGAUACGGAGGCAGCGGAGGAAAUGGUGGCGGUCAUGAAAGUGGAGGAUAUGGAGGCAGUGGAGGAAAUAGUGGUGGUCAUGAAAGUGGAGGAUAUGGAGGAAGUGAAGGACAUGGCGGUGGUCAUGAAAGUGGAGGAUACGGAGGCAGUGGAGGAAAUGGUGGCGGUCAUGAAAGUGGAGGAUAUGGAGGUAGUGGAGGAAAUGGCGGUGGUCAUGAAAGUGGAGGAUAUGGAGGCGGCAGUCAUGAAAGUGGAGGAUACGGAGGCAAUGGAGGAAAUGGCGGCGGUCAUGAAAGUGGAGGAUAUGGAAACAGUGGAGGAAAUAGCGGUGGUCAUGAAAGUGGAGGAUAUGGAGGCAGUGGUGGAAAUAGCGGUGGGGCAGGAUAUGGUGGAGAACAUGGAGCAGGGUAUGGUGGUGGUGGUGGAAAUGGUGGGGGUGGAGGUGGAGGAGCAGGAAGUGGCUCAGGAGGAGAAUAUGGCUCUGGUUAUGGAAGCGGAGCAGGUGGGGGACAUGGUGCAGGAGGAGGAAAUAAUGGUGGGGGAAGCGGAGGAGGGGGUGGAGGAGGAUCAGGAUAUGGUGGAGGAAGUGCACAUGGUGGUGCAUACGGUGGACAUGAAGAAGGCAAUGGGUAUGGUGGAGGAGGUGGUAGCGGGCAAGGUGGUGGACAUGGUGGAUAUGCACCUUGAAAUGGACAUCAUAAAUGUUACCUUAUAUAUAUAUAUAUUUAUACUAUAUACAAUUAUAAAAGAAACAAAUAGGGAAAAUACAUAUUAUCAUUUAUCCUUUCUUAAUUCCCUAUGUAAUCAAAAUAUAUUUACGUGUAUCAAAGAUUGGGCAAAGGGAUUAGUUAUAUGUAGUAAGAAAAGUGUGUGAUAUAUAUGUCAAAAUGGGAACACUUGCCAAGUUGUAACUUCUUCAUCUCUAUAUUUUGUUGAAGUAAAAGAUUAAGGGGACUCUCCUAUUUUUGACAAA